AUGAAUGGACUCGGGCGGGCAGGGCGGGACGUGCGCUGGGCAGCACGGGGGCUCAUCCUCAGUGACACCGGGGCAGGGCCAGGGCCAGGGCCAGACUGCUGCGGCUACCCCGACACCUCAGGCAGAGACAGCCGGUGCCAGCUGCUCACAGCAGGGCGCAGGGACAGCAGCUGCCCCACUCCCGAAGAAGCAAGCAGCCGAUUGGCCGAGGCGCCACCGCACCUCACGCGCCGAUUGGCUGCGACUGUCGACUCGGCUCCCUCCCCCACGACGGAACCCGGAUUGACUGACAGGCCGGGUAUGAAGACUGAAGUGGACUUCUGUCUCCUCUACCAGCACUGGUUGCUGCAGUGUGAAAUCCCAGUAUCAGACUGCAGGGAAGAAAAUGAGAAGUCUCCCAUUACCCUGAAGGAGCUCCACGUGGAGCGGCUCCGCUCGGCGGCAAGGUCUCGCUGCUGUGAGCGGAGUGGAGCCAGCCCCGGAGGGGAAGCGCCUGCCCCCGGAGAAGGGGCUGCCCGGAGCGGGCAGCGCCCCGGCGGGAGCCGCCCCCCGCCUCCUCGCCGCGCCGCCCAGAGCCGAAGGCGCCCGGAGGGGAAAGUUGUGUGCGGGGCCGGGCCGGGCGCGAUGCCGGGGCGCAGCGCGCUCUGCCUGGGGCUGCUGCUGCACGCCCUGCUGGGCUGCGGCUCGGCGCAGCAGCCCGGCAGCUGCCCGGCCCUCUGCGAGUGCUUGGAGGCGGCCAAGACGGUGAAGUGCGUGAACAGGAACCUGACGGCGGUGCCGCCCGAUCUGCCGUCCUACGUGCGCAACCUCUUCAUCACCGGCAACCGUCUGGCCCGCCUGCCGGCCGGCGCCUUCCCCGCCCAGCGCCUGCCCGACCUCAGCGCCCUCAACCUCAGCGGCAACCACCUGCGGACCGUGGAGGCCGGUGCCCUCGCAGCCCUGCCUGCCCUGCGGCAGCUGGACCUCAGCGGCAACCCCCUGGUCUCCCUCAGCCCGCAGGCCUUCGGGGAGGGCGGCAGCCCGCUGGAGGAGCUGGCCCUCCGCGGGGCCCUGCACGACCAUGGCGUCCUCCUGAGCCUGGCCGCCAUGCUGCAGUCCGGGGCCCUGCGCAACCUCAGCCGCCUGGAGCUGACCGACAACGGGCUGCUGCUGCUGCCUGCCGGCAUGUUCACGGCCCUGCCCGCCCUGCGGCAGCUGGACCUCAGCAACAACUCCCUGGUGGGCCUGCGAAACGUCUCCUUCCAGGGGCUGGGCCAGCUGCAGAGCCUCAACCUCAGCAACAACUCCCUGAGUGUGCUGAGGAACGGCACCCUGGCCCAGUUCCGUGGUCUGCCCGCCCUCCGGCACAUUGGCUUGGGCCGCAACGCCUGGGUCUGUGACUGCGCCAUCGAGGACCUGGUGGCCUGGCUCAAGGAGAGCGACCAGGUGGAGGGCAAAGAAGCCCUGACCUGCGCCUACCCUGACAAGAUGCUGGGCAAAGCCCUGCUGAAGAUCAAUGGCUCGGACCUGAACUGCUCCGUGCCUGUAGACCUGCCUUCCCAGCUACAGACUUCGUACGUCUUUCUAGGGAUAGUCUUGGCUCUCAUCGGGGCCAUUUUCCUGCUGGUGUUGUACUUGAACAGAAAAGGAAUCAAAAAGUGGAUGCACAACAUCAGAGAUGCCUGUAGGGAUCACAUGGAGGGCUACCACUACAGAUACGAGAUCAAUGCAGACCCCAGGUUAACAAACCUCAGCUCCAACUCGGAUGUCUGA